AUAAAUAAAAUGGAAACUAGUUGUGUCAAAAAUCGUCAGUGUUCACGGGUCAAUAUCAUAUAUAAUUCGAUAGUUUUGUUUGACAUCACGCUCACUUUAAAGCCGCUCUGUGUGGAUGAGACAUGCUUCAGUCUGCAAAUGUUCAUUCUCUUGCUUUGUCCAAAAUCAUUAAGCCGGACAAAAAGCCGGUCACCCCAUUAGAAGAAGAAAUUGCUCAAGCGAUUAUAGACUUACAGAUUCAUGAUGACUGGUCUGACACCAUGAAGCUUCUGUACUUUUGUGAAGCAAAAGAAAUGACUAUAGGUAAAGAAAAGGCGGUCGUUAUAUAUGUACCUGUUCCACAACUACGGACAUACCAGUUUAUACAUAACAGACUCGUAGGCGAGCUCGAGAAAAAGCUCCGUGGUCCUCAUGUUGUGCUGUUGGCUUUCCGAAGAAUCAUUGCAAAGCCUAAAAGAAAUUGCAAAUUUAAUCCGAAGCAAAAGCGUCCUAGAAGUAGGACCCUAACAGCUGUGCACGAAGCUAUAUUGAAAGAUCUUGUCUACCCUGCUGAAAUUGUAGGAAAACGCAUUCAAGUCAGAUGUGAUGGAAGUACCUUAAUCAAAUGCCACUUGGAUGUUGCACAGAGAAACUACAUAGAACAUAAGCUCAAAACUAUCACGGGAUUAUACAAAAAGUUGACGGGUAAAGACGUCCAGAUCGAGUUUCCGGAUUGGUUUUUUCGUCUUUUUCACAGUUCUGGUUUAUUUUCAGGGUAGUACCAAUAAUCCGAAGCCAUUGUUAAUAUUUUGAGAUUCUGAUACGGUCUAAGUUUGGUGACCAAUAAAAUCAUAGGAGCAUUGGUCAGCUGUUUCACUCUAGGCCUCAAAUGGUUGUCCAACUCACACCGGUCCCUAGUCUUAUAAAUAUUGGAUAAUGUCCACAAUCCCAUGACACGGUGAAAUAUUUUCACAAAGUAUCUUCGUGAAUUGCUCGAAAAGGACACGAAAAUUUUUGUUUACAAGCUUGUCAUUGCUUCAUACUAACAUCAUGUCUUCCCAGCGGGCUGAUUCGUGCCGUAAGUGUUGUUUUUUCUAGCUGAAUGCUAUCCUACUUGGUCUGACGACUGAAAACUGUAGAACAAGUUCAACUGUAACUGUUUUUCGCACAUGUGUGAAGCGCUUGUUCUGAUUAAAAUAACUGGGGUCAUCAACGAAUAGAUGGUGUGUCAGCCAAAUCCACAUGAGCUCGGCGGACUAUUAUCUUCAGGAAACUGUGGUCAGGGGGGUUUUAAAAACCAAAGUAGGAGUCGUAGUUAUUAACCACGGACGAUUAUGCACAAAGUGCUGUGUCUUGACAAUAACAUGCGACUAAGAUAACAUGGUCUAAGUCUCGUUUUGUCCAGGAAAAUUUUCGCCAUUUGUGCCGUAUUUAUAAAAUUCAUUAUUCGUGAGUUAACAUCCACUGCCUUCACACAUAGGUCGUCUGGGAUGCAAAUAACUUCAUGUAUUUCAAGAUGAGUUGUCACUAUUGACCUCUUUUCUACUUAAGCACUUCUGUCAUCAAAAAACCAGGGUAGCAAAUGAUAAUGUGAUAGCUGAACGUCUGGUAAAUAGAGCAAGUAUAUAUAAGCGAAUCUAAUAUUUUGCGUAUAAGUACCGUUUUGGGUGUACUCCACUCUAUUAUUAAGAUGUCUACACUUGAAUCCAAACUCUAAGCUCUUGUUUCCUUAUCAAAACGACGACAUCGAAAUGUUUGUUUGCGCUUCAUUCACGUCCACUCCGCCUAGUGAGAAAGUGUAUGUUAAAGUUAAUAGAGAUGGCUAAUUAAGCGAUUCAGUCAUGUGAUAAGCUUCGACUAUUCUCGGCGACAUUCUGCCGUUGUGUUGGCUCGGUUUUCUCAAACUAGAAUACUGUACGUAAAGCGUAAUAGCUGCAGUUAGUUUUAGCAAGUUCCCUUGGAUUUUAUCUAUUCCUAGUGUUCUCCAGUACCACCAAUACAGUUGCUACUUAUACUACGCCAGUAUCCCUCUGUGCUAAUGUGAUAUGACAACCUAGACCGAUGCGCAUAAGUGCCGGCCACGUCCGAUGUUUUGAGUGUAUGAAAAUCUUUAGCAGUUCGUCUUUAUGUUCACAGCAAGCAAACAACAGAUAAAUCAGAGCGUUUAUUUCCAGACUGAAACAUGUUAUAUACAACGAGUUAUCAGUUAGUAUGUAAUAGAUUUCAAUAUUUUGUAGGAGUAAACUGUUAAAUACUAGAUUGACUUAUCCUGGCUACAUCAGCUUUCUGAGAUAGUAUGUUAGCAUAGCAUAUCUCAAGUUUUGGGGUAUAUGUGACAAGCAGUUAUCACUGACAGAUCACGGAUCUAAACCUGGCUUCACUAGUUUCAGAAGUGAACUAUUACUUGCCCUCCCAAGACUGACUGUAGGUGGAGUACGUAAGCGCAGUCUCUGCAAAUGUAUUGUUAUUUGUUACGUCCUAAUCCCUUGGUAAAUUGUUUACUGGCAUCAUUAAGUCAGUAAUGCGGAGGUCCGGUAACUUGUGUUUGGUGAAUGGCAAUAAUUCAAUAGGUGUCAUCAUCUGUCUAAACAUCGACUUCUGUGGCUUAGACAUGUGCUACGGGUGUCGUACCUGGAGAUUCCACAACGACCAAAACAAAUUGACAUGGGACUUUAGUGAACGUGGCUCUAAGUAGGAGCAGGCAGCAGUCCUGUUGUAACUUUCCUUGACUUUAUAAUUGUGGGGAACGUCUCUAACAGGAAGAGUCCUUUCAUUUUCUUCACCGAACUGCUCCCAAUGAUCUUUUUACUGAUUCACUCAUUUUUAAUUUGUCACACUUCCCUUCUCCAUCUCUUCAUAAUACCGACUUCUAAUUGUGUUGCGUAUAUAUUCCGUUGCUGCAUUGUGCCAGAAUUUGUGUUAAAAGGUGACAGGUUACUUACUUGAUUAUGAAAAGUAAGAAACAAGUGACAAUACAACACAUUUAAAGUAAUAGUCAACAUUGAUAAUUAUCUGUUAAAAAGGAAAUAAUAUGAGGGAACGAGGUUGUCGAUCAUAAAGUGAUAAUCAAUAAAAGUAGAUGAGUGACGAUCAAAGUACAGAGUGAAAUAAAAUUUAAGUUAAUGUCGUGAGUGAAUGGUAGUGGGAUUUACUCUCUUAAGUACAGUAGAGAUUUUAGACUUUCGUGUUCAAACAACAAAAAUGGAGAAGGAACAAACAUGUUUAAUCGUUGCACAAGAAAUGGAUAACCAAAGAAAAUCUCAAACAGCUAUUACGAAAGAGCAUGUUUUCAUGAAUCUUGUAUACAAGGAAGAAGAUAUUACUGUUAGACUUGGCAAAAGGAUUCCAGUAGAACUAGAAAGGAGGUUCCCACACCCCAAUUGUUGUUUAUAAGACCAGUCAGUACUCUUCAGAGGUGACUAAAUUCAUUUACGAAUUUCCGUAUAGUAAGGAAAGUAAGCACGUAAGAAAAACCAAAAGAUGAGGAUCAACAAGGCUUUCUAAUUAUGUUCAUCAAGAGCCAUAAUCGAAAGAAAUAAAAGUAUUCUCAAGUGCAGUCAGCAAACGUCUGAUAGAUAACAGGAUUCGCAAAGGCGUGGGAAAUAACUAUCAAGCAGCGGAGACCGCUUGUUUUUCUGAGGCUAUCGCCAUAAAAUGCCUUUGACUUGACGUAUGUAUACGGUAAGAAAGCGCAACUAACCCAUUGCUUGGGUGUUGAUAUCUUAAUGUUUGUCAAUUAAAUUACCUCCGUUAACUUUUUUAACUGAAAAUAUAAAAAAACCUGGGGUUUAUGUCACCUAGGUACCUUGACUAUCACUCAUUUGUUUACAAUUCAUUUUCUCUGCUAUCAUUUAUAACUUCAUACCUUUUCUUUACAUUACUUUGUUUUCAACAUAUAAAUAUCAGUCGGUCUUAACUAUUAUGUUCAAUGUGUUGUCUGUCUUCUCAUUAUGUUUCUUGUCAUUUAGAACUAAACACUACUAACUACGGUAUGUCAAACUAUUCACGUUGACAUGGGUAAGGACCUUUUUAGCUGAUGGGGAACCCUUGAAAUGUAGAGAAUUCAAGUUAUUAUGUGCCAAGUCGGAUGUGUCCUGUUCCUUUGCACGAUGAAUUUGGUUUGAGUUUUCGACCAAAGUAAGUCUGAAUUAAUAUUUUAGGUACAAGAGUUACUUGUCGGUGCAGUGCAUAGCGUCCGGUAUACAUAUGUCAAUACAUAGACUGUCUGAAACUAGUUAGUUUAUCUACUAAAUGUCUGUUAGUGCAACUUUGUUGUGAUAACAGUUUUAUGUAGUGAGAUAAAAAUCACUCACUGAGUGGUGGUGAGCUUGAAAGGAAUUUGAAGUAAGCACGAUACUGUGUACAUUACCAGCCGUAUGAUGCCUACUUUUCACCUCGUUUGAAAUUCCUCAGUCACAUGACAGCAACUACACAAGUAGACAGCUCCUGCUUUAACAAUAAAAGAGUAAAAUUCAAUUUUACGGCACCAUAAAUUGAUAUUAAUUUUUAAGUGACAUCUAAAGAAGAAUUAUAGUAUAUUUGUCCACAAUAAGCCUAAGAUUGUCUGGUACACGUGCAUGGAAAGCUGUUGUAUUUCAUGUCAUGUCUAUUUUGACUUCAUCUGUUCAUGAAUGACAGUCGAAAAUUCUAUUGAAAAAACUUUAAGUCGUGCUAUAUCCUCAGGCAAAUGACACUGAUCAAGGAAUGUAACUACGAACUUUCUUGACAUCCAUGAAUACAAUAAUAUACGGGUCUAAUCUGCUAGCAGGAUACUCUAAAAUUGCAAAAUCUAAGCGUAUUUCAUAAAGUGAAAAUGCCUGGUAUUUAUCACUUCCCGUUUAGAUCCACAAUGUUUCAGAACUUGUUUGUAUUGAUGUCUACUUUAGCUACAGUGAGUGAGGUAAUCGGAUGUCGAUAAUUUGGUCAACCCAGAUUAGUUGACGGUCAAUAGGAUCCCGACACGAAUACAAAACGCCUGCCCAGUGUUGAAUCCGGAGAUUAAACUUGUAGAGGAUUAAUUCCUCUAUAUCUUACUCCAAUAAAUAAAUAAUAUUCCACUAACUGAAUAUUUACUGCAGGCUAAAUCUCCUAGUAGAAUUACAGGUUUACUCGAGAUUAUUCAAAAGCCUGAACACCAGUUAUAGAGAUAGUUUAUUGUUGAAGUUUGGUAAAAAUCCACAAGCGUACGGAUAGGAAGCACACCGGGAAAACAAGUGUGUGUGUGUUAAAAAUCCAUAUAUAUUUAUGAGUGUUAAUGGUUGUGGAUGAAUUAUUGAUUGUCUUUGUUUACAACCAAUGAGGGAACAGAAUAAAGAUUGAUGUGCAGACACAUGCGCUCAAUCAGACUCACACAUAAAUUUACGGUGGAUUAAAUGUUAGGAUUACAGUGAGCACACAAAAAAUACAAUAGUUGAAUGGGCUUGCAACAAACUAUUGUUAACUUCAGGGAACUAUUUAUAGACUGUAUCACAUAAAUUUUCCUUUUAUUAUAAGCCAUCAUUAGAAUUUUGGCUACUAUUCUUAAUUUACUCCGAAUCUAUUAGUCAUAAUCUUCUAUAUUCACAGCCACUUUUGUCUUGGUCCUGUAUCACCAUAUUUUUUAUUUUAUGGUGUGAUGUUGUCUGCUCUGCUUGUAUAUAGACUACGCAUAUCUAAAAUAUACUGUCCAUACAGUGGAGAGGGAUACUGCUUUUUGGACUCAACAGUGAGGGCUAGGUGAGAAGCUACUAUCACUGUUUCAUUUGCUUACGGUCUGGCCAUUCAGUAAUAAGGAUAGAAGGUCUAGUGACCUACUUUAAUCCUUGCAGUUUGUUGCACUGUGGAGGUCCAAUCUCGUCU